AUUGGGCAGACGGCCAGCGAUGCGGGCAGGAUGGCGGCAUGCAAGUGUGCGUUCGCCGCACGUGUAACCUUUAAUUUUAUUUUCCUGUAUUAAAGUCUUUUAUUUUCCUAAAAGUUCGUUUAAUGUGAGGAAAGACAACAUCUCAGAAGUGGGAUUCACCGAAACCUUCGUGGUGAGGCGAUCCUGGAAGCCGAUGUCGUCGGAUUGCGCCGACGGUGAUGCUCGCUGACCUUUCAAUUGACGCUACGGACAGUGCCGAGCCCGUGCCGUCGUCGUGAGGUAGCGGCCGUGGAAAGUGGGCUCUUUGUGUCGCCUGCAGACUGCGUGUAUGUGGACGCUGUCUCAACGGGUACCGUCUUCGUGAGGUGCCGACGGCGGAAACGUGAGUCUUCGUGCUGCCUCGUGGGGACCGUGCGUGCGGACGCUCUGUGUGACGUCUGUAGGCCUGGACGCAUAACCGAAGGCGAAAAAAACAAAAGCGGCAACUGUGUGUACGCCUAGGAAGACGUCUAGACAACCCCAAGAUGGCUAACGACAACGGAAACGAGAUAAUGCAAGCGCUACUGGAACAAAACCGAAGGUUACUCGACCUCGUCGAGAGGAAACCGGAAACGUUUCAUGUUAUGCCGGACCUCAAUAAGGCUGUUCACGACUUCGACGGCGAGGGGUCGUCACACGAGGCCGGGGCGUGGCUCAAGAGUAUUGACUCCAUGGCAGUUCUGCACGGCUGGCCGGACAGCUUCAGGCUAGAGAACGCCAGGCUCCACAUGAAGGGACCUGCUCGAUUUUGGCUUCAGGCCCGUGUCGAAGACCUUACUACGUGGGAGGACUUCAAGGUGGCCUUUAGAAAAACCUUUGUGGGCGAAACAAGCACAGCCGAAAAAUGGAAGCAGAUGCAGGAGAGAAUCCAGAUGAGGGGAGAGUCUACCACUGCUUACUUCCUCGAAAAGACCUUGUUAUGCAAAGAAUUGGGUCUUGGUAUGCAAGAUACCAAGGAGCAAGUUCUGGUUGGGCUGCGGUCUAGAGACGCGUGCAUCUCCUUGACGGCAAAGGAGCACAGGGACGAGGAUGAAUUGUUGGCAGACUUGCGAAGGCUGGAGAGAAUAAGUGAAUCAAGGAUUCAGAUGUCUCCAAGGGGCAAGCCACACAGCGGUGAUCCAGGUGCAACACCUCGCGUCGGGUCAUCAACCUCAAGGUCAUGGGCUACUACUGCACGUCCAACCGAGCAGACUAGUGGAAUACGCCUCACAGAUCAGAAGAGUGUGGCCAGGGGCUCAAUAAGUCAGGGAAGUAACAUGAUCAAACCGACGGAUCAGGCAAGUGCUGGGGGACCACCCAAGAAAACACCGGAAUCCUUGAAGCGAGAUCAAGCUGAGCGAAAAUGCUACAGUUGCGGAAAGUAUGGACACAUGGCGAGAAACUGCGCAGCAGCAAACCCUGUUGGCAACUUUGUGGUGAAUCAGAGUUCAGGUGACAGUGAUCCAGCUAAAUUCCUGAAGGCUGCUCUUAUCAAUGGAACUCACCAGCUCUCGGUGAUGAUUGAUCCUGGAAGUUCAGACUGUAUAUUGCGUCAUCGAGCGGCUGAAAAGUGUAACCUACAAGUUGUGUGCAAGGGCCAAGACUUGUAUGGAUUUGGGAACACCGACACAUCUACAGUGCGGUCCAUUGGAACUUCGGAGGUCGACAUUGAAAUCGACGAUGUGGUGUGCCAUAAGGUCAAGGUGAUUGUCGUCAACGACAGUGCCCUGCCUGUGGACAUGCUGGUCGGUAGGACCUGGACGGAACAAGACCACAUUGCAUACCUGCGUAUGGGAGAUGAGCUCAGGAUUGGCUACCGUGAUGACCUUCCAUUUUGUGACAUCGACCUUGCCCAGAUAAAGCCUUCCAAGGAACCUCUGCGUGUCAAGGAAACCAUGGUGCUGCCCAAAAGAACUGUGUGCUGGGUGACAGUGGAGACUGGUAAGAGUGAAGGAAGUCUCAUCGUACCUGGUGGGACCGACAAGGGAAUGCUGCUUCACAUUGAACACGGAAGGGUUGAGAUACCUGUGUUGAACGACAAGGAUGAAGACCAACAGCUGCUCAGGGGAAGUUUGUUUGCUCACGCAGAAUUGCUCUCGGAGAGGGAAGAGUUAACCCCAGUGAGGACUGUGCCUCAGCAAGAGCCCAUAGAUCGUGGCAUGCUGAAUGUCGGAAAAGACAUCAAUGAACAGCAAGUGGAUGCACUGCUGAAGAUGCUGAAUGAGUAUAGGGACUGCUUCGCACUGAAUUUGUCUGAGUUGGGGUGUUGCAACCAUCUAGAAAUGACCAUCACAGAAAAACCUGGAAGUACCCCAGUCAGCUGCAAGCCGUACAAGACUAAUGCGGCGGAAAGGGAAGCGAUCCAGAAAAUUGUCGAAGAGUGGAAAGCGACUGGUAUCGUCACCGAAACAACGUCGCCAUAUGCUAGCCCUGUGCUACUCGUGAAAAAGAAAAAUGGAGAAAAUCGUCUUGUCAUAGACUAUCGACGGCUUAGCAGCCAGACUGUGCCAGAACACUUCCCAUUACCAAACAUAGACGACCAGCUGCAACGACUGUCCGGUGCACGAAUGUACUGCGUGUUAGACUGUGCAAACGGAUACCUCCAGCUUCCACUGAGUGAGGAAUCGAAGGCCAAAACUGCAUUCAUCACGCCUGAUGAGACUGGACAGUUUGAACGUAUGGUGUUUGGGCUGAGAAAUGGCCCGGCUGUAUUUCAACGUCUGAUGAACAAAGUCCUUGGGACUGCGCAACAGUGUAGCAUUGUGCUACAUGGACGACUUGUUGAUUCCAGCCAAGGACUGGGAGGACUUGCUGGUUCAGCUCAAACAAGUCCUGGAUGCUCUGCGGGCUGCCGGACUAACCCUGAAACUCUCCAAGUGUGUGUUUGGAAGUGAUGAACUUGAUUACUUAGGCUUCAAGAUUGUGAAGGGCUACCUAAAGCCAGGUGAAGUGAAGCAACAAGCCAUACUGGAAGCUAGCCCGCCGACCGAUGUUCACGGGGUCAAGAGGUUUCUGGGCCUGACAGGAUUUUUCAGACGGUUCAUUCCGCACUAUGCACUGAAGUCAGAACCUCUUACUCGUCUGACCAAGAAAGAAACAAACUUUACAUGGCGAAUCGAGCAACAGGAGGCUUUCGACCAGCUCCGAAAAGAACUAACAGAACCCCCGAUACUGAAGUUGUUUGACCCUUCAGCCCCAACUGAACUCCACACGGAUGCAAGUAUGCAUGGACUUGCGGGAAUGAUUCUUCAGCAAGACGAGUCAGGACGCUGGCACCUGGUGUUUUGUGUCAGUAAGCGCACUACUGAUGCCGAGAAGAACUACCAUGCAGGAAAACUAGAGCUCAUGGCAGUAGUCUGGAGUAUGGAAAGACUGCGUCCAUUCCUUCUAGGCAUUCCGUUCACGCUGGUAACAGAUUGUCAAUCAAUCGUGUACCUCAAUGCACACAAGACUCUUAAACCACAGAUAGCAAGGUGGUUUGACUUGCUACAGGAGUAUGACUUUGAGGUGAAGCACCGUGCAGGUGAGAAAAUGGCUCAUGUGGACUACCUGAGUCGCGAACCCAUAGGGGCGUCGGAGGACACCCUUGAUGAGGUCGUCGAAACCAGGGUUGAGGUUUGCCUCACUUUAGGGUUAGAAGACCAAGUUGUGGUCAUCCAGCGAUCUGACGCAGACUUGGCUAACCUCGCACAGAUUCUGGAGAAGCCAAUGAAGAAAAGGACCAAAGAGGAAAGUAUCAAGGUCAAGAAUCUACGACUGAAGGAUGGAAAGCUGUUUUACGUGGAGGAAGACGGACGGCUCCUUUUUGUGAUGCCCAAGAGCAUGCGUAAAACACUGUGUGUCAAGUUUCACGACUUGCAGGGACAUUUCAGCACAGACCGAACUGUGUCGAAAAUCAAGGAACUCUAUUGGUUGCCUCGGAUGAAGCGCUAUGUGCAUCAGCACAUCCGUAUGUGUUUCGAGUGUCUGUUCACGAAGGUACCAGGAGGGAAGAAGCCUGGACUUCUGCACUCUAUACCGCCUGGGAAGAGGCCAUUUCAAGUUGUACACGUGGACCAUGUUGGUCCGUUUGUGAGAAGUUCCAAGAAAAACCAGUGGAUCUUGGUGGUGGUGGACAAUCUGACUAAGUUUGUACGCCUCUACCCUGUGCGAGACACUUCAGCAAGGAAUGUACUACGGUGCGUGCAGAGUUUUGUCACAGAGUUUGGACUACCUGAACGCAUCAUUUCGGACCGUGGUUCCUGUUUCACAUCCCACAGCUUUGAAGCCUUCUGCCGGGAAAAUGGUGUAGCCCACACACUGAACUCGUCACACCAUCCAAGGGCGAACGGCCAAGUAGAGCGAGUAAACCGAACCCUUGUACCGUGCAUUAUGGCUACAAUCGAGGACCCAACUCACAAGGAUUGGGAUCAGAACAUCAAGGAGGUAGAGAGCUACCUGAACAUAGCAUAUAAUGCCUCAACAGGCACUAGCCCCUUCAGGCUUCUGCAUGGAUAUCAACCAAGGAUGCAAGACGGUGUCCUCAGAUGGCUAAACACAGAGAAUGAUGAGUGGGUAUGUCCAGAGCAACUUCAAGAGACGGCUCAAAAUGACAUAAUGACCCAGCAAGGAAAGUCGAAGCAGUACUUCGACAGGCAUCACUUCGCAGCGGAAGGGCUGAGCGUUGGAGACGUAGUCGUUAUGCGCUGCAUUCCAGAGCACACCGGCGUCCCAACAAAAACCCAGAAGAAGUUCAGAGGCCCACUGACUGUGACGGAAGUACUCCCAGCGGACACCUACAGAGUGACCGAAAUGAAUGGGAAGAAGAGGGUCUACUCAACAACCGCCCACAUCAGUCAACUGAAGAGAUGGGGUGGAAGAUGCCAAGAACCGUCCGACCAAUCAAGCACCGACGAAGAAGACAGUGUGCCGAGACGCAGCGUGCGUGUGCCCAAAAGACCUUCGUACCUUGGGGACUACGCCACAUGAACUGAGGACAGUUCGCUGCCAGGAGUGGCCGAGUGUUAGCGAAAUCCGAAAACGAAGGGAGCAACAUUGGGCAGACGGCCAGCGAUGCGGGCAGGAUGGCGGCAUGCAAGUGUGCGUUCGCCGCACGUGUAACCUUUAAUUUUAUUUUCCUGUAUUAAAGUCUUUUAUUUUCCUAAAAGUUCGUUUAAUGUGAGGAAAGACAACACUUGAAACUGAAAAAUCAGCAGAACCAGGUACGAAACACACACCCAUAUUGCGAGCCUGAAGAACGAAGUUUGGGGUCUCGAACCGCUCAUACGUUCGAGUUAAAAUAAUCGCUCCUUUAUUACCAUGCACGUCAAAUGCAAAAUAAAAAAGGGCCCGA